AUGGCCUUCACUUUCGCUGCUUUUUGCUACAUGCUGUCGCUGGUGCUGUGCGCGGCGCUCAUCUUCUUCGCCAUCUGGCACAUAAUUGCCUUUGAUGAGCUAAGGACAGAUUUUAAGAGCCCCAUAGACCAGUGUAAUCCUGUUCACGCGAGGGAGCGGCUGAGGAACAUUGAGCGCAUCUGCUUCCUUCUGCGAAAGGUCAGGGGAGCCACACCAGGCGGGGAAAGGAAGGGCCUGAGGGAGAUGAAGCAGCAACUGGUACUUCCGGAAUACUCCAUCCACAGCCUCUUCUGCAUCAUGUUCCUGUGUGCACAGGAGUGGCUCACCCUGGGGCUGAAUGUCCCACUGCUUUUCUAUCACUUCUGGAGGUAUUUCCACUGUCCUGCAGACAGCUCGGAACUCGCCUACGACCCACCGGUGGUUAUGAACGCAGACACCCUAAGCUACUGUCAGAAGGAGGCCUGGUGCAAGCUGGCUUUCUAUCUUCUCUCCUUCUUCUACUACCUUUACUGCAUGAUCUACACUCUAGUGAGCUCCUAACUCAAAAUCACACACUCAACUCAUCAGAGACUAAGAUGGGCCAAGCCAGAAAGUUCACUUCUGCGAGUAACAUCAGAGCGGGAACCAGAGUGGGCACGUGUGGGCAAGAGGCCACAUAAGCAUGACUGAUCAGGUGCCAGAAGCCAGCAGCAGCUGGGAGUGGAGCUACCCUGUGGAUCUGGUGUUGCCCCCUGUGUCCCAAUCUGUAGUGGUGUUCAGAUCCCACACCUGGUGGUUGUACUGCGUGGGGAGGAAGUGACAAAAUCCUGUCAUCAUAGAGUGCUGCUUCCAGGAUCCACUUCAGCCAACCCCCCACCUGUGAGUCCAACGCUGACUUCCUGAACUACGGGAGUGGGGACCAUGGAAGGAUGGGUGGUGCUUGCAAAGGAAUGGAAGGAACCAGAGUCAAGGUUACAUCUGCAGGACCCCCCCGAAGGCUGCAAGGAUGCUCACGAGUGCUGCAGACUCUUGUGUUCCUUCCAGAUCUGAGUUUUGCCUCCAGCCGUGGGACAUCAGCCUCAACACCCCACUGUGUGUGAGCACAAUGGCCUAAGGACUCCAGGAGUCUGGUUGGGGCAGUUCCCUGGUAUAAUGAGUUCUGUGCCAAGACAGGUGCAUCAGAGGAGGAAGUGAUAAAUGGAGGAACUAAAUGUCCCAGGCUGGCAGAUACUUGGAGGGGCUGCUCUGCCAGUGGGCAGCCAGGCAGCUGGACAGUGAGACAACAUGAUGAUAACCAUGGUUCUGACACUGCAUCGUUGAGCUGUGUGGUUUAACACAAGGACAUUGGCUUGUUUAGAAUUUUCCAUGUGGCGUGUGGGCUUAUAUGCAAGAGCAUACAUGAUGACAAGGUUGAGAUGUUGGGAUGUUCAAGGUGGGCACAGUGAUUGUGGCCUUGACUCCUCAUACCUCCUUGUUUUCCUACUGUUGGGCAUACUUGAGCUAUUUCUACAUGUGCCCGGUUUCCGUGUGAAACCUGUGACUCGAGCUUAUGAAUGAUGUUUGGGUAGCAUGUUGUGUGCUGUGUUUAAAAUGCAGUGACAACUUGAGUGCUCACCUAACGGCUCUUGCAUUUCAGCCCCAUCCUGGGCUGGAUUCAUCUCCCUCUGGUUGGCAAUUUGGGAGGGAGAAGAAGCAAAUCUUUCCAAAACAGCAUUGCACUUCUAAAAAUUCUAUGCAUAUCUUGGCUCAGUGGCUAAUGGUGUGAAAUGGCAGAAUUCACAGCGGCAUUUCCAGGAGGAGGCUUCCUUCUGGCCAAGGCUCUUUCUCCCAACUGGGGCACUGCUGGCUGGGGGACAGAGUCGAUCCUGCUUGGGCUGCAUACCAAGUGGACCAGCCAUGCUUUUGCCGAAAACAGCCUUGGCCAUGAGGCUGCUGACAGCAGCUGUUGCCCGCCCCCCCCUUGUGGAUGCACCUGCCGAGAGAGGGCUGCGUUGCUUCACCCUGUGAAGCUGAGUGGCUUUUAUUUCUGCUUCGUUCCAGAAAGGUUGGAGUGCCUUCUGACGGGAGACACGAGGGCAUGGAGCUUGUCAAAGCAGGGCAUUCAGACUGACCAGGGACGAGGACACAGAGUCACCAGCUUCCUACAGGUCUCUGUCUAGGGUUAAGCAUUAAGUUGGGAGUCAUUAUACUAGUAUCAAAUAAUACUAAUUCAACCUGACCCCAUGCUUUGCCUUCUGGGCCAAGUUGAAUUAGCAUUCCCACUUGACCCUCACCACAAGCCCGUGAAGUUAAUGCUGUACUUUUUGUAUUUGUCAGAAAACUGAGGUCCAGAGAAGGUACAUGGCCUGCCUAAGGUCACACAGCAACUGCAAGUCCUUUUUGUCCCCAACGAAAGUUGGCAAAUAGCUUAAGGUCCUGUGUGGAUUUGCUUGGGAUUGUUGACUUUUUUUUUUUUUCUGAGAAAAGAAACUGAAAAUUAGAGCUUGAAGGGUAGCACUUGGUGGCCCGUUUUCCUUUGUGUUCUGACCUCAGAUUGGAUUUACUGCGAGAGGUUUUUUUUUUUUUUCCCCUCUAAAGUGAUCCUUUAAAAGCUUUGAGAUGCAGGUCUCCUUUAGGUAGCCCUUAUAUUUAUAAAACAGACACGUGCAAUUAUUUCCCUUCCAUAGGUGGUGAUGGGAAAUAACCCUGUGAUCUGUUGGGAGUUGCAAAAAACAUCAAGUUCCUAGGAAAAGCUGCUCAUGAUGCUAAAAAUACAUGGCCUGGGCACCGGAGUGAAAGCACAGGUCAGGUACCAGGUGCCCUGCCCAGUGCUCUGAUGGCACAGGUUGGAUACCAGGCGCCCUGCCCAGUGCUGUGAUGGCACGGGUCAGGUGUCUUGUCCAGUACUCUGAUGGCAGUUGCACCCAUAUCCACAAGGAACCUGCAAAGCAAGGUUUGAUUCUUAUCCCCAGUUUGCCAAUGAGGAUGCCAGUGAGUCUCAGGGCAGGUGAGGACAAGCCUGGUGUGGCAGCACGAUACUGCCAAGAGGCGUCCAACAGUAGCUGGAGUUAUCAAUGGAGGUGUCGGGCACAGUUCCUCAUGCCUCUCUCUCAGCCCCACAACAAAACCAUGAGGCCGAUUCUGUCUGUUUUACAGAUGAGCAAACUGGGACAAGGAGAGCUUGCAGGAAUGCACAGCCAGAAAGGCUGUGUAGCAGCUGUAGCUGGGGUUAAGCCAGGACUGCCUCUGCUCCCACAAUUUUGCUUGUUUGGAGAUCUUUGCCUCUCGAUGUGUCUCCUAUGGAAAUGACUGAAGAGCAGGGGGAGAGUGACACUGGGGAGAUUCCUCCGUGUUUCUCAGAACUGGGGUCAUCACAGAGGAAUGUGCUGGAGCUGUGAAGGCUCAUUGGGGGCAUAGAUGGAAGGUGCUGCUGGGAAAUGGGUCCCUUUUCCCCUUAGGGCUGAGUGGGCCCUGGGGGAGUCACCCAUGCUCUUUUCACUUAGGUGGGAAAAGGAUGAACCACCACACCAGCUUGCUCUCCAGGUUAAAUGGGGGCUGGCAGUGGCACAAGGCUUAGGAUCCAUGGCGCCAUCAGAGUACCCUGGGUUCAAGUCCAGCUCUGAUUACAAUUCUAGCUUCCUGCCAGUGUGUACCCUUGAUGGGAGCUGGUAAAUGGCUGAGCUAGUUGGAUCCCUGCCAGCCAUGUUAGAGACUCAAGUUGGGUUUGGGGCUCUUGGUUUCAACAUUGUCUGGCCCUGACUGUUGAAAGCAUUUGGAGAGGAUCUGAGAGAAUGGAAAUUUUGAUUGAUCUGUCAUUUGUCUGUCUUUGUCUCCCUGCCUUUUAAAUAAAAUCUA